AUGAGAAAUUUAAAUUUUGCGAAUAAAAAUUCUAAAAUUCCAAUCAAACUCUUUGAUCACAAUUCUGAUCCUAACAAUUCCGAUCCUAACAACACUUCCACUAACAAAAUGAACAAAGUUAACACUGUCAAUCGAGUCAACACCGUAAACACUAUCAACACUAUGAACAAAGUUAACACCGUUAACAGAGUACGCACAGUAAACAGUGUGAACACAUUAAACAGUGUGAAUAGUGUGAACAAGAUGAACCUUAGUAAGGUGGAUGGUAUGGGGAUUCGACGAGGAAUGAGUAAUAAUUGUGGUGUUUGGAAGGGUAAGAGUAAAUUUUGUAAUCAACUGCUCAAACUCAAGGAUCCGAAACGUAGAGAUAAUCCCCUCGGAGGACGAUUACUCGUGCUCAUCUUCACUACCACUGCCAUUCUCUUCACCUUUUUUGCACAGAUGGUGUAUAAUAAAACGACAUUUGGUGGACGUUGUGUUUCUCGUGUGUUAUAUAAGCAAGAACCGGGACAGAGGCACAUGUUUAUACCUAUCGGUCACGGUGCUUGUGAGUUUAAUCUCCUGGCGAAUGCUGCGAAUCGUGUGUUCAUGGGGCCGUCGGAAGCUGACUCCGGAUGGCCAAUAACCAACGUAACGAACGUAACCAACGUUGAAAAGAAAACGAAAUGGUAUUUCCCCUUUGAAACUGAUUCCAACACCUUCCACAUCAACUCCAUCUUCUCAUUCGGAGGACUCGAAACCAAUUACAUACGGAAUUACAAGGAGUAUUUUAGAAUAAUUUGGAGUACGUUUAUGCAUAAAGGUGUGGCACAUUUAUCAAUUAACUUGUUAUCACAAAUACAAAUCCUAUGGAUCAUCGAACCGGACUGGGGCUUUGUGCGUACGUUUUUAUUGUACUUUAUCAGUGCUUUGGGCAGUAGUAUAACGUCAGCGUCCCUGGACCCUUGUUACAUCACCGUCGGCUCCUCAGGCGCGCUCUACGGUCUCUACGGCGGUCUACUUCCUUACAUCAUUGAGUAUUGGGUGACGUUGCCGUAUCCGAUUUUCCUGAUCAUAUUCCUCGUCAUAUCCAUUAUAAUUGGAGUUCUGAUGGGAUUCACACAAAACAUUGACAAUUACGCUCAUUUAGGCGGCUGUGUGUAUGGACUACUUUGGGGUUUUGCAACGAUUCGUAGUAUAUCAAUUUUCGACGCUUGUACUAUUUACGAGACUGUGAUGCUUACUAAACCUUUUUCUCUUAUGAUUACUCGGAACUAUCAAGAAAAACUCAAAGUCUCCAAAGGAAUUAAACAAAAUUUGAAGGGGAAGAAUGUGAAGUUUAGUGAUGAGACUAGGAGUAGGUUUGACUUUAUCUUUAAGCGUUUGGAAAAGAACGGCACCGCCGCCUUUAAAAAUCGAUUACGUGAAUGGGUCGUUCGUAUCAUCUCAAUGAUACUAUUGUUGAUAAUGAGUUUGGUAUUGUUGUUGCUGCUGUUUGAGGAGAAGUUGUAUAGUAAUUUUCAGCCUUGGGGUCAGCCGAAGUUCUCUGGGUUUGCCAAGUGCACCUGCUGCUACAUUAAACCUGAAAAACUCGCAAAACUCCACUUACCCUCCAACACGUUCUGGUGCUUCCACGACGACACCGCAAACUCACUCUGCCAACUACAACGCGUACUGGACGGCGGAGUGAUUAGUACCACCAAAGCCGCGGCACAACAUCUUCUCGACUACAUUUCCUAACCUCCCACCUAAUCCACAUUAUUCCCCUUA